AUGUGGGCCAAUGACAGUGCCCGGGGCCCCUGCUUCCGGCCAAUGAACAUCACCCUGGAGGAGCGGCGCCUGAUUGCCUCGCCCUGGUUCCCCGCCUCCUUCUGCCUCGUGGGCCUGGCCUCCAACCUGCUGGCCCUGUGGGUGCUGGCCGGCGCGCGGCAGGGCGGCUCGCCCGUGAGGUCCUCCUUCCUCACCUUCCUCUGCGGCCUGGUCCUCACGGACUUCAUGGGGCUGCUGAUCACCGGGGCCAUCGUGGUGUCCCAGCACGCCAUGCUCUUCGACUGGCCCGCCGUGGACCCCAGCUGCCGCCUCUGCCGCUUCAUGGGUGUCGCCAUGGUCUUCUUCGGCCUGAGCCCGCUGCUGCUGGGGGCCGCCAUGGCCUCGGAGCGCUACCUGGGCAUCACGCGGCCCUUCUCGCGGCCCGCGGCCGCCUCCCGCCGCCGCGCCUGGACCACCGUGGCGCUGGUGUGGGCCGCGGCGCUGGCGCUGGGCCUGCUGCCCAUGCUGGGCCUGGGCCGCUACACCCUGCAGUACCCGGGCUCCUGGUGCUUCCUCACCCUGGGCCCCGCGCCCGGCGACGCGGCCUUCGGCCUGCUCUUCGCGCUGCUGGGCAGCCUCUCGGUGGGGCUGUCCUUCCUGCUCAACACCAUCAGCGUGGCCACCCUGUGCCACGUCUACCACGGGCAGGAGGCCGCCCAGCAGCGCCCGCGGGACUGCGAGGUGGAGAUGAUGGCCCAGCUCACGGGCAUCAUGGUGGUGGCCAGCGUCUGCUGGAUGCCGCUGCUGGUCUUCAUCGCCCAGACGGUGCUGCGGAGCCCGCCGGCCAUGGACCCCGCCGGGCAGCUGUCCCGCGCCACGGAAAAGCAGCUGCUCAUCUACCUGCGCGUGGCCACCUGGAACCAGAUCCUGGACCCCUGGGUGUACAUCCUGUUCCGCCGGGCCGUGAUCCGGAGGCUGCAGCCCGGCCUCAGCGCCCGCUCCCGGUCGCUCUCCCUGCAGCCCCAGCUCUCCCGGAGGCCCACCGUGGCUUAG